CACUUUGCUAAAGAACGGCUAGAAGACAACUUCGCUUCAAACGGAGAAGAGUUCUCUGCAGUAAACACAAAAAUUGAUAUGAAAAUCUUUGCAAUUCUCUUGGCAGUUAGCUAUAUAAGCUCUGCCUAUGGUUUCUCUAAUAUUGGACGUGCCAAUGUUGAGAUAUCAGAUAGUAAGUUCCAAUGCGACAAAAUGCUUUGCCCCUCAAGUGCUGAACGUUGUGUGGUUACCAAGGAGAAGGAUCCAAAGAACCCCCGAGUCUUGGUUCGCACAAAUACCUGUCUCUCACGCACUGGCGUUGAAUUGAGAAAGAAAACAUGGCAAGAAGGCACCAAUCCCAAUGCCAAGGUUAGCGUACACAUUGAAGGACUUCGCUAUGUAGGAUAUACUCCUUACAAACCCGCUGCCAAUGGCAAGCCCGCAAAACCAGGAAACCCAGCUAAGACAAAACCACAAAAACCGAAUUCCAACUGGAACUUGCCAGAUUCCAAUGACGAUGAUAAUGAUGCAUUUAAUAGGGCUGUUGAUGAACUUGCCAAGGAUUUUGAUUUUUAAUACUUACACCUCAGCAAAAGAACCUUAAAGCUUUAAUGUUCCACUUGAAAAGAACUAACAUCUUUGUAACAAAAGGUUAAUAAAACAAUUUUAAAA